GAGUUCAAUGCCAAGUUGAAGGUGUACUUCUCGAAAGCUAUCGCCAAUGAUGUCGGUGGCCAGCUGCCCGUCGACCCGUCGCAAUUCCAGUCAGACUUCGUGGACGCCGAUGGCAAUGUGAAUCAGACGGUAGCAGACGCAGUGGCCAUGCUGGAUAUGAAAGUCGUUCUUGGGAGGCUCGACGUCAUGCUGGGCUACGCGAUGGUCGCGGACAAGCUGGGAGUCAAGAACGAAUCUCUGAACGAGCCGUGCCUUCAGAUGUGCGCUGCCAUCCUGCCAGCUGUCAAGAAGAUGGUCGAGUGCCAGGCGGAGGGCAAGAGCAAGGCGUUCCCGGAUAACCAGAAAUUCAGCUUCGCUCGCGAGGCGCCCUUCCUGGAGAAGUUCACGAGUGCCAAUGCAGAGAUCCAGAGUUUCAAGACGAGCACCGGGAACUUCGGCGAGGCCAAGGACGUGGCGGUCAAGAGCUUGACGGCGUGGCAGGAUGCAGUGGUCAAGACGAUCUUCGUGCAGGCUGAUCUUUCGGUGUCGCAGUUGUCACAGGACCAGGGUCAUACGGAGUCUGUCCAGGCGGUGGAGUCGCUCCUCCUGGAGAACCUAAAUGAAAUCAUCGACGGCAUGGGCGACCCCGAGACUGCCGAGAAGCUUAUCGCGUGCUCGGGUCGAUUUGACAUGAUGCAGUUCCUCAAGGUGAACGCAGGCUCGGACGGAGGUGGCACGAAGCGUCUGGAGAAGCUCGUCUCGGCUCUUUCAGGGGCGAGCGCAGACGCCAAGCAGAUCAAAACGUACAACGAUGCGAUCGAGGAGGCGACCAAGACGAGGACGAAGGUCAGGCUGCAGAUCACCGCUAGGAGCGGAAUGUUGAUCGUCCAGAAAAAGAAGACUGGAGAGGUCACGCAGUUUCUGAAGCAGGCCAAGGAGCUCAAGGUGAGCUUGCCCAAGAAGCUGCGCACCCGCAUCGACGAGAU